UUGAGAGUUGCAAAACGCUUUCACAGAGAACAUUCUCUCUCUUGUGGUUCUCUUGUUUGCAUUCUCGUGCCUUGGUUUUUCACCGCUCACGCCUUUCGCUAGGAAUAAAGCAUGGCUGAGACCAUGGUGGUAGAAGCAGCUCUCUCUGCAAUCUUUCACGCGGUAUUUGAAAGAAUAGCUUCUUCUGGCGUGGUCAACUAUUUCAUGGAAAGGAAACUCAAUGAUGAAUCACUACAAAAGUUGAAGAUGUUCCUGCUGUCUGCUAUUGCGGUGCUCGUUGAUGCGGAGGAGAAGCAAAUUACAAACCCAGCUGUGAAAGAGUGGCUGGACGAGCUUAAUGAUGCUGUUCAUGAUGCAGAAGACCUUCUCGAUGAGAUUGCCUAUGAAGACUUGCAAUAUAAUUUACGAGCAAAAUCUCAAACCGGCACUAGCAAGGUAUGGAAUUCCAUCACUGCUUUUAUUUCAUUUGACGAAGGGAUACCAUCUAAGCUAGAAAAGGUUCUGGCAAAAUUAAAAAUUAUAAUAGAACAAAUAGGUGUCCUCCGUCUGAAAGAGGUUGCUAGUGGGGUACCAUUAUCAUCAUCACGACCAACAACUUCUUGCCAAGAAAAAUAUGAUGUGUUGGGUAGAGAUAUGGAUAAAGAAGCGAUAUUUGAGUUGUGGCAAUCAGAUGAUGCAAGUAGCGAUGAGAUAUGUGUUGUGCCCAUAAAGGGUAUGGGUGGUAUUGGUAAAACAACUCUCGCUCAGUUUAUAUAUAAUGACAGUAGACUAAAUGAGAGAUUUGACCUCAAAGCAUGGGUUUGUGUUUCAGUGAAUUUUGAUAGUUUGAAAAUAUUUAAAACUAUUCUUGAGGAGGUCAGGUCCGCUAAUGACUUUCAAAACUUGAAUUCAUUGCAAAUUGAAAUUAGAAAGACUUUGGCAGGGAAGAAAUUUUUUCUUGUUUUAGAUGAUGUGUGGAAUGAGAAUUAUAAUGAGUGGGAUGAGUUUCUUAAAGUCUUUAAAUGUGGGGCACAAGAAGUAAAGAUCAUUGUUACCACACGGAAUGAAAGAGUUGCAUCAAAAUUAUGUACGGUACCAACUCAUCAUUGUCUAAAAGAAUUGUCAAAUGACAGGAGUUGGGAUUUAUUUGUACAACAUGCAUUUGGAAAUGGAAAGUUUUGUGCAGACCUAGAGGUAAUUGGCAAACAAAUUGUCAAAAAGUGUAGAGGCCUACCUUUAGCUAUAAAAACAGUUGGGGGUUCGUUGCGUUCGAAUCAAAACAUAACACAUUGGAAAAAGAUUUUGAAGAGUCAUAUAUGGGAUUUACCAGAAGCUAAAACUAAUAUCCUCCCAGCUUUAAGACUGAGCUAUCAUUACCUUUCAUCGCAUUUGAAGCAAUGCUUUGCUUACUGCUCAAUUUUCCCAAAAGAUCAUGAAUUUGAAAAGGAAGAGUUGAUCUUGUUAUGGAUGGCAGAAGGUUUAUUGCAGCAACCCAAAGAAGAUAGGAGUAUGGAACCUGAAGAAAUAGGUGAUGAAUACUUUAAUGAUCUAGUAUCAAGGUCAUUUUUCCAACAAUCAAAUAAGUCUAAAUCACAUUUCUUGAUGCAUGAUCUUAUUAAUGACUUGGCAAAAUCUAUAUCUAGGGAAUUUUGUUUGAGGUUGGAGAAUGAUGAGCCCAAUGGAGUAACAAAAAAGACACGUCAUUUGUCAUAUUAUAGAGCUAACAUUGAUGCCUCUAAGAAAUUUGAGAUCCCUUUUGAGGCUAAAGGCUUGAGAACAUUCUUAGGAGAAAGAUGGUUAUCAUUUCUGUGGUGUGAAUCUAAGGACAUAGUGAAGAUGAUAGAUCAUGAUUUGUUUCAGAAAUUUAAGUGCUUACGAGUGUUAUCAUUUUCUGGUAAAAACAUAAGAGAGUUGCCAGUUUCUAUUGGUAACUUGAAACAUCUACGUUAUUUAAACAUUCGUAACACUAGAAUCAAACACUUACCUAAUUCUUUAUGUAACUUGUAUAAUUUGCAAACCUUGAUAUUGCCACCAUACAUUACUGAGUUGCCGACCAAUAUGGGUAAACUAAUCAACUUGCGCCAUUUGAAUAACAGUGAAAGCAAAAUGAAAAAUAUGCCACCACAAAUGGGUAAAAUGAAGAAUCUCAUAAAAUUACCUAUUUUUGUGGUGGGAAAACAUGAUGGGUCUAGCAUUAGCGAGUUAGGAGAGCUCCAACACCUUUCGGGGAAAUUGACUAUAUUGAACUUAGAAAAUGUUCAUUGCAUUAAUAAAGAUACUAUGGAGGUUUUAUUAAAGGAUAAGCAGGAUCUAUCUAAGUUAGAGUUGAAAUGGGAGCAUGGUCAUGGCACUGAAGAUUCAGAAGAGGAAAGAAAUGUGCUUGAGCAGUUGUGUCCACAUACAAAAUUGAAUUCUCUCACCAUUGAACAUUAUGAGGGCACAAGCUUUCCAAAUUGGUUAGGAGAUUGUUCAUUCUCUAAUAUGGUUUCCAUAGUGCUAAGGAAUUGCAAGUAUUGCUUCUCCUUGCCUCCAUUUGGACAACUACAUGCCCUCAAGGAACUUAAAAUUGAAGGUUUUGAUAGAUUAUUAGGUGUGGGUCAUGAGUUCUAUGGGAAUGAUUCUUCUACAAUUAAGCCGUUCAGAUCCCUUAAGUAUUUAAGCUUUAAGAAUAUGCGAGAGUGGCAAGAGUGGAUUAUAUUUGAAGAUGAAGUUUUCUCUUGUCUUCAAUGGCUUCACAUAAGUUAUUUCCCCAAGCUAAGCAAGAAUUUGCCCAAUCAACUUCCCUCUUUGACCAAACUUGAAAUUAGAGAAUGUAAGCAACUUGUUGCUUCAUUCCCUUGUGCUCCUGCUCUCCAUGAAUUGUACUUUGAUGGGAAAAUACAGUUGCCAAGUGAUCGUUACUAUCCAUCACUUGAAAGUAUGAUCGUGAUUGGCGGCUGUGAUUCACUUUGGUCAUUUCCAUUACAAUUUUUCCCUAAACUCAAAUUUAUCGAAAUUUUUAAUUGUAAGAACCUUGAAUCUCUUUCGGCAUCAACAGGAUCUCAUCUAGAUCUUACUUCUCUCACUUAUUUGAAAAUCUCUAAAUGCCCAACUUUUGUAUCUUUUCUUAGUGGAGGAAUUUGUGCUCAAAAAUUGACAGAGAUUGAAGUCUUUAGUUGCAAAAAGUUAAAGUCACUACCCGAAGGAAUGGUCACCCUCCUCCCAUCUCUUUCGUCUUUGCAAUUGUACAAGUGUCCAGAAUUAGAUUCAUUUCCUAAGGAUGGUUUGCCCUCCAAUUUAAAAACACUUACGAUCCAGUAUUGUGAAAAACUCUUUUCCUGUCGCAAGGAGUGGGGAUUGCAAGCUCUUCACUCUUUGAGAGAUUUCAUAAUUUGGAGUAAAUGCGAAGAAUUGGAGUCCUUUCCUGAGGAGGCGUUACUCCCUCCUACUCUUACCAAUUUCAGCAUCUCAAGUUUUCCAAAUCUGAAAUCACUAAAUGGUAAGGGGUUUCAACACCUCACCUCUCUUCAAAGCUUGACGAUUUGGUGCUGCGAUAAACUCCAGUGCUUACCGGAACAAGGCCUGCCCACCUCUCUUUCUGUGCUACAAAUCUUUGGUUGCCCUUUGUUGAAUCAACAGUGUGAAAAAGAAAUAGGGAAAGACUGGCUCAAGAUUGCUCACAUCCCCUAUAUAGAGAUUGAUUGACAUGAUCAGACAAUAGUGCCACUUUUAGUUGUCAAUAACAACUGCCCACACAACUGCUCUCAAUUCCAUGCCAUUGCUAACUGCUGGUCCUUUUGGAUCAUGUAUGAACUCCUAUCUAAUGUGAUUUCAAGUCACUAUAAAAGCUCAUUCUUUACUCUCAUUCUUAAUGAAUCUGCUCUUGCCUCUCUUUUUUUCUUUUUUCUUUUUUUUUCUUUUUUUUUUUGUGAUGAUGUGAGACCUCAAAAAGGUAGGCCCAUGGAACUCACCUUUGAAGAAUAAACCACGGAUACACAACCCUACCCACCAUAAUUGUGUAUCAAGUAAUCCAAAGGAAUUUUUUGUAGAGAUUUAAACCAAGGAUGUUUGGAUCUACAACUCAUCCAAGCCUCCCACCAUUAGGCUGCACCCUGGCGGAUUACUCUCUCCUCAUUAUAGGUUCAGUACAUAUCUACUUUGGAUUUUUGAAGUGCAAAAGACGGGAAUGAUCAACCUAGGUAGACACUGGGGAAGUUGAAAGAUAAUGCUACUUAUUUACCUUCUAAUAGCAGAUGAAACACACUACUCAUUUGUGGAGAGGAACUUUCUCAAACUCUCUCUCCCUUUGAUAUUUUGGAAUUGGUGGUGGAUGGAUAGAUGUCAAGUCCUGCUUGUGUGUGGAGAGGAACUUUCUCAAACUCUUUCUCUCUCUCUCUUUAAUAUUUUGGAAUUGGCCCAAGAUUUCUCAGGUUUUUAGACACAAAAUGGGAAAAAUGUUGAGGCCAACACUACGAGCAUCUUUAGUUUAGUUCAAAUUUCGAUUGCCAUAUGUACCUUGAUGUAUUGAAGAGCAGAAAAGAGAAUUGUGCCUUAUUGCUUCAGUUUCAGCUCCUAGAUUUGACUGGAAGCAUAUCCUUAAGGCAAUUUAUGGGAAAUCAAUUAUGAUUGUGAUCUCUAGAACUUUAUCUUUUUGUAUGUGAGUUUGCUUAAAUGUUUGCUUGA